CAGCGACAAUGGUUUGCGCUUGGCCCCGCCUGACGCUAAUGCAAGGCAGCUCCCGUUCGCGUCGACGGGUACCGCGAUGUUUCCGCGCCGGACGUCGCUGGCCAGAGUUAAGAAGCUCGCCGGUCCGACCAUGUGCGACAAACAUCACUCGCUGAUUUUGUGUCCUUGAGGUCUCUCGCCAUGCCUCUGCACCUGCUGGGCAAGAAGUCAUGGAACGUCUACAACUCGGACAACAUCGCGCGGGUCAAGGCCGACGAGGCCGCCGCUGCUGCCCGCGAAGCCGCUGAUGACCAGCGCAAGCAAGAGCUCGACGCUGAGCGCCGGGCCGCCAUUCUUCGAGGCCGCGCACCCCCACCACUACCAAAAGAACAACCCACCAGGGCGCCGCCGUCCAGGCGCUCAGGCAACACAGAUGAACGCGGACAUGAUAGAAAGAGGAGGAAGCUUGCUGGCGAGGAUGACACCGACGCCGAUAUACGCAUGGCCAAGUCCAUCACGGCUCGACCUGAAGACCAGGCAGAAGAUGCGAAAGUGCUGAAGCUCCGGAGCACCACAUCCGAUGCCCCGUUGGAAGACCACGCCGGCCACAUUGACUUGUUUCCGGUGGAUAUGAAAGAGGCAAUCAAGCGCGAGAGGAAUGCGGACGCAGAGAAGGAGAAACGCAAGAAAGAAAAGGCCAUCGAAGAUCAAUUCACAAUGCGCUUCUCCAACGCCGCAGGAAGGGGUAGCAUCAACCAGCCCUGGUACGCUGCCGUUCAAAAGCCUGUACCCGCCACUGGAGACAAACAGGAGAUGGCACUUUAUGAAGGCUUCGCGAGUAAAGACGUCUGGGGAAACGAGGACCCGCGUCGCAAAGAACGGGAGCAGACCCGCAUAUCCACAAACGACCCUUUUGCUUUCAUGCAGAAAGCGCAGGCACAGCUGAAGAAGUCGAGGCAGGACAGGAAGCAAUGGGCUGCAGAACGUGACCGUGAGCUAAUGGAGCUACGGUCAGCCCAGGAGCGGGAGGAGAGGAGGAGUCGGCACCUCAAAAGGAAAAGGCGAGAAGUGGACGACGACGAGCAUUCGACGUCUAAGGACGGCCACCCAUCCUCGCGCCAGAAGCACCGCCGUACGAGUCCAAGUCGCAGCCGUGAUGGGCACGAGCACAGGUCUUCGCAUCGCAGCGAUAAGCGACGCGCUCAUAGUAAGAGUAGGGAGCGGGAUGGAAAUUGCCACAGACAUCGCGAUCGGCGAAACGAGGAACUCCAGAAGGCUUUCAUCUAGGAGUGAGUCGGUGCACUGCGCGUCAUGGCGGGCACGUCUUAUAGUGUGUUAUUAUCAUCAAUCAGUCUCAACCGUCAUACAAUCAUCAAAGUGUUUUCUUGACGACGCAAACACUCACCGCCGGUAAUCAAACGGACCCUGAGUCAAAUCAAGCAUCUUUCACUUCUUCGCUAUUAGGGCUUGUCUUUGCAUUAUC